GACCUGGGCCUCCUGACACCAAACCUUUUAAAAAUGGAGAAGAAGAACUCUGCUCUCCGUAGCACCGUGAGAACAGCCUGUUCUGUGUGGACGUGUGUCGAGGCUGGAAGCUGAGCAAACCUCCCCCCUUCGGUCCCCACCCACCUGUGAGAUUCCACCACAUCCAGCUGCUCACACGACUCCACGUUCUUAGGGCAGCCUGCAGGAAAGGAGGAAGGAAGGAAGGAAGGAAGGAAGGGGAAAUGUUCUGGCCGGACUGGAGCUUACUGCUGGCCCUUACAGCUGCCGUGAAGCUGGCCGGAGGCACCGAAUGCCAGCGCCAGUCUGUGCCGUGGCAGGUCACCCUCCGCUCUGAGCGCCACGUUUGCAGUGGGGCCCUCAUCAGCGCGGAGUGGGUUCUGGCGGCAGCUCAAUGCAGCAGGAGCCCAGAGCACAUGGAGGUUUGGCUCGGCAAACAUGUUCCCCAAACCCCAGAGGAGACACAGCAGGUCAUCGCAGCCACCAAGGAGAUUCCCCACGAGGAGUUCAACAGCCACACGCUGGAUUUUGACAUCAUGUUGCUGAAGCUCUCGCACCCGGUGUCUCUGGAUGAGUUUGUGCAGCCCAUCAGCCCGUCUGGCCAGUGCGUUCCCACUGGGACUCUCUGCCUGGCCGCAGAAUGGGGCGGCGGCGGCAGCAGCAGCAACACUGAAGAUCUGCAGUGCACAAAUCUUUCUACCGCAUCCGAUGCCACAUGCAACAAUGCCUUCCCAGGGCGUUUCACAGAGAGGAUGACGUGCGCCGAGCCACUGGCCAGCAGCCAGGACUCCUGCAAGAUCCAUGGAGCGAUGAAAGCCGACACCCGAUCCUCUCUGGUCUCAGUAAGGCGCGUUGCUGGAACUUUUCAUAAUCUCAGGACCAGCCUCCAGGGAAAGAGCCACGGGAGAAGGACCAGGACUCCGCCAUGGGCAACAAGCAGACCACCUUCACUCUGGAGCAGCUGGAUGCGUAUCAGGUUGUUUUACAGGUACCGUGAUCUGGCCCCUCAGCUGGUCCCGCUGGACUACACAAAGAAGCCGAACGUGAAGCUCCCAUAUGAACUCAUUGGCAGCAUGCCAGAGCUGAAGGACAACCCCUUCCGGCAACGGAUUGCUGAGGUGUUCUCUGAGGAUGGGGAGGGCAACAUGACCUUGGACGACUUCCUGGACAUGUUCUCUGUGAUGAGUGAAAUGGCUCCUCGGGACCUCAAGGCUUAUUAUGCCUUCAAAAUAUACGACUUUAACAAUGACGACUAUAUCUGCAAAUCCGACUUGGAGAAAACGGUGAACAAGCUGACCCGCAAGGAGCUGACCCCGGAGGAGGUGUGCUUGGUGUGCAACAAGGUGAUUGACGAGGCAGACAUGGACAACGACGGGAAGCUGUCCCUGCAGGACUUCCAGCACAUGAUUGUGCGAGCGCCUGACUUCCUCAGCACUUUUCAUAUUAGAAUCUGAAAGAAGGGCUAAGAAGACAACGGGACCUCAGACCCCCCCCCCCUUCCUUCUUCCAACAUGAGUGAAUCAUAUUAUUUCAUCCUGUCUGGAUUCAAAGCUGCUGACUGUGGAGGACAAAUGAAUGGCCUCGCGGGCUCCAACGAAGACCAGGGGCCCCCACCAGACCUCCAUAUCGCCUCUUGCUGGGAAGAUGGCACCUGGGAAUGCUGCCGACACAAACCUCCCCCUUUCUCUCCUUCCCUCCCUCCCUCUCAAACC